AUGAAACAAUUUACAAAGAUGGCCAUUGAUUAUUUCAAAGAUGCCAAGUUAGAUCAAAUUCCAAGUAUCUAUCAUUAUAUUUUGUUUAUUUUGAUCCCAGAAGAUGAAUCUGAUAUCGAAAUUAUUGGGAAGAAUUUUACCGUAAAAAUUGUUGAUGAUAAAAUAUCUCGUCUACAACUGCUCAAUAAGAAAGAGGAAGAAGAAGAAAAAGAAGAAGAGGAAGAAGAUGAUGAAUAA